GCUGAUGUUGAGGUGCACAAAUGCAUCUCUAUCCAUGUGGGGCAGGCAGGGGUCCAGAUUGGCGAUGCCUGCUGGGAAUGGUACCACGUUGAUCAUGGAAUUCACCUGAUGGUCAGAUGCCAAGUGACAAAACCAUCGGUGGUGGAGAUGACUGGUUCAACACAUUCUUCAGCGAAACUGGGGCUGGCAAGAGUGUGCCCAGAGCAGUGUUUGUGGACCUGGAGCCCACCGUGUUGGUAGUUGAAGUGCACACAGGCACCCACAGGCAGCCCUUCCACCCGGAGCAGCUGAUCACCAGGAAAGAAGACACAGCCAAUAAUUACGCCAGAGGCCAUAGCCCCAUCGGCAAGGAGAUCGUUGACCUGGUCCUGGACUGGAUCCGUAAACUGGUGGAUCUGUGCUCGGGGCUACAGGGCUUCCUCAUCUUCCACAGCUCCGGGGGCGGCCCCGGCUCUGGGUUUGCAUCUCUGCUCAUGGAGCGCCUCUCGGUGGACUAUGGCAAGAGGCCCAAGCUCGAACUUGCCAUUUCCGCAGCCCCCCAGGUUUCCACGGCCAUGGUGGAGCCCUCCAACUCCAUCCUGACCACCCACACGACCCUGGAACAUGCUGACUGUGCCUUCAUGGCGGACAGAGAAGCCAUCUAUGAUGUUUGUUGCCACAACCUGGAUAUCGAGCUGCCCAUGUACAACAACCUCAGUCAUCUCAUCCGGCAGAUCGUGUCCUCCCUGCAACUGUAA